AAAAAAAAAAAAGAAAAUCUCCGGUUUAUUGAAAUAAUAAUCACAGACAACUUUUAAAACCAUACCAGUCACCUUUUGUCCUAAUGAGAUAAACACAUCCUCGUCAACUCGCCGCUACCAAAACCACCAACGAUGCUCUUCCCCCACAUAAACCCCACGCGCCUCCAUCAACUCCUUCCCUCCCGCCUCCUCUCCUCCUCCGCUGCCCCUCUCCAACAAUACCUCACAACAAACACCCCACCAAUCAAACCAUGGCCAAAGCGUCUAUUCCCAAAGCGUCUAGCCUCCAUGAUCACCCAACAACAAAACACCGACCUCGCUCUCCAAAUCUUCCUCUACGCCGAGAAAUCCCACCCCGGCUUCACUCACAACUACGACACUUACAACUCCAUCCUCUUCAAACUCUCCCGCGCCCGCGCCUUCCACCCCGUGGAGCCUCUCAUGACAAACCUCCGCAACUCCAACAUCAAAUGCGGAGAGAAUCUCUUCAUCGACUUGCUCCGAAACUACGGCCUCGCGGGUCGGGUCGAGGCCUCUCUAAACAUCUUCCUCCGGAUCCCUGAUUACAACGUGAAACGCUCCGUGCGGUCGUUGAACACGGUUCUAAACGUUUUGAUACAGAACAGGAGGUUUGGUUUGGUGCACGACGUGUUUAAGAAGAGUAAAGAGUGUUUCGGGAUAACACCGAAUAUAUUCACUUGUAAUCUUUUGGUUAAGGCUUUGUGUAAGAAGAACGAUGUGGAGAGUGCUUACAAGUUGCUCGACGAAAUUCCUGAGAUGGGUUUGGUGCCGAAUCUCGUGACGUACACGACGGUUUUGGGUGGGUAUGUGGGGAGAGGGGAUAUGGAAGGUGGGGAGAGGGUUUUGGGUGAGAUGUUGGAUCGUGGGUGGGAGCCUGAUGUGACUAGUUACACUGUGCUUAUGGAUGGGUAUUGUAAGUUGGGGAGGUUUUGUGAGGCGGCUAAGGUGAUGGAUGAUAUGGAGAGGAAUGGGGUUGAGGCGAAUGAGGUGACUUAUGGGGUUAUGAUUAGGGGUUUGUGUAAGGAGAGGAGAGCGGGAGAGGCGCGGAACAUGUUCGAUGAAAUGCUUGAGAGAGGUUUCAUGCCGGAUUCUUCUCUUUGUUGUAAAGUUAUCGACGCGUUGUGCGAGGAUGGGAAGGUUGAUGAGGCGUGUAGUCUGUGGAGGAAGAUGUUGGAGAGGAAUUGUAUGCCUGAUAAUGCGCUUCUCAGUACGCUUAUUCAUUGGCUUUGUAAGGAUGGGAGGGUUAAAGAGGCGAGGAAGUUGUUUGAUGAGUUUGAGAAAGGCUCGAUUCCGAGUUUAAUGACGUAUAACACUUUGAUCUGUGGGAUGUGUGAGAAGGGAGAGUUGACUGAGGCGGGGAGGUUGUGGGACGAUAUGGUUGAGAGGAAGUGUAAGCCGAAUGUUUUCACUUAUAAUGUUUUGAUUGAAGGGUUGUGCAAGAAGGGGAAUGUUAAGGAAGGUGUGAGGGUUCUUGAAGAGAUGUUGGAGAAUGGUUGUGUUCCUAAUAAGACGACGUUUUUGAUAUUGUUUGAGGGGUUGCAGAAGUCGGGGAAAGAAGAGGAUGCGAUUAAGAUUGUGUCUAUGGGUGUUAUGAGUGGGAAAGUUGAUAGAGAAUGUUGGGAGCUUUUCUUGAGGAAAUUUGCUGGUGAGUUAGACAAUGGAGUGAUGGUUCUUAAGGAUCUGUUGCAUGAAAUCUCUGGUUCUUGAAGAAGCAAGAGACUCUGGUCAGUACUAAAUGCUCAAAAGGCUUAACGAUCUUGAGAAGGAGAUAGAACAAAGCAUAGAGGCUCAAAGGCUCUUUGUGUGAGAUGAAGUUCAAAAGGGAAGAAACGCAGCGAGUCAAGCCACUCAUGAUUCUGGUUCAAGCUAUCUUACAGUAACCAUCCAUGAGAAUUACUGUAACCAUUCCAAUAAUCAUUGUUACAUUAGUCAAAGUUGUUACAUUAUACAUACACCUAAAAAAAAGUCUGAUCUGAGAAAUUGAAAAACUAAUAUUAAAUUCUGUUGUAGUUAAUAAUAGUGUAAUAUAGAU